AUGAUUCACCUUCGGUUAGUUGGUUUGAGUGUGUCCCGAUCUUUCUUUCUUUCUUUCUUUCUUUCUUGUUCGUUUUAUUUCAGGCCUUUCAUUCUUUCGCCCUUUACCUUUUUCUUUGUAUCUGUCUGUAUUUCUUCGUUCUUUUUUCUUUCUUUUAUUUUCUUCACACCUUUCUUUCUUUUUUCUAUUCUAGUUUAUUUGCAUCACUGUUUUCUUUCUUUUAUAUUUCUUCACGCCUUUCUUUCUUUCUUUCUUCCUUUCUUUCUUGUCAGUUUUACUUCAGGCCUUUCAGUCGUUCGUUCUUUAUCUUUUUCUUUCUGUCUGUCUGACUUUCUUCUUUUUUUCUUUCUAUCUUUUUUUUUUUUCUUUCUUUCCUACAUUUGCUUCACACCUUUCUUUCUUUCUUUCUUUCUUUCUUUCUUUUUUCUUUCUUUCCUUUAUUUGCUUCACACAUUUCUUUUCUUUCUUUCUUUCUUUUUUUUCUUUCUUUCUUUCUUUCUUUCUUUUUUCUUUCUUUCCUAUAUUUGCUUCACACCUUUCUUUCUUUCUUUUCUUUCUUUCUUUCUUUCUUUCCUUUAUUUCCUUCAUACCUUUCUUUCUUUCUUUAUUUCUUUCUUUCUUUUCUUUCUUUUUUUCUUUCUUUCCUUUAUUUGCUUCACACCUUUCUUUUCUUUCUUUCUUUUCUUUCUUUCUUUCUUUUUUCUUUCUUUCCUUUAUUUGCUUCACACCUUUCUUUCUUUCUUUCUUUUCUUUCUUUCUUUCUUUUUUCUUUCUUUCCUUUAUUUGCUUCACACCUUUCUUUCUUUCAUUAUAUUUUUCUUUCCUUUCCUUCUUUCUUUCUUUCUUUCUUUCUUUCUUUCUUUCUUUCUUUGA